UUGUAAAACAUAAAAAUUGUUUAACAAAUUUGAUCGUUUAUUCAAAAAAUAACAUUAAUCAUUUUUGAAAAAAGGUUAUCCUAUUUCGUUUUUAUCUUCAUAAAGCAGUGAAAAUUUUUGAAAUGGCCGGUGCAAUGUUAUUCGAACGUGCACAAGCAGUUUCAAUGACGAAUCGUAGUGAAGGUAUUUCACUUUUAAAUGAAAUCGUCUCCGAUCCAAGUAUUGGUGUUACGGAAGAUGACGAGGAUAACAUUCGUGUGAAAGAACAAGGUAUUUUACAUCUUGGUGAACUUUACAAGAAAGAAGGCAAGGCAAAAGAACUGGCGGAAUUAAUUAAGGCUACCAGACCAUUUCUUAGUUUGAUUAGCAAAGCAAAAGCUGCUAAACUUGUACGAUCCUUAGUAGACUUUUUUUUGGAUUUAGAAGCUGGUAUUGGCAUCGAGGUUCAAUUAUGCAAAGAAUGUAUAGAAUGGGCAAAAGAAGAACGUAGGACAUUUUUAAGGCAAUCAUUAGAAGCACGUUUAAUAGCAUUAUAUUUUGAUACUGGUAUGUACAGUGAAGCAUUACAAUUGGGAUCAGCUUUACUUAAAGAACUUAAAAAAUUGGAUGAUAAACAACUUUUGGUUGAAGUACAGUUAUUAGAAAGUAAAACCUAUCAUGCAUUAAGUAAUUUAGCAAAAGCAAGAGCAGCUCUUACCAGUGCUAGAACAACUGCUAAUGCAAUUUAUUGUCCACCUAAAAUGCAAGCUGCAUUAGAUUUACAAUCAGGAAUUUUACAUGCUGCCGAUGAACGAGAUUUUAAAACUGCAUAUUCUUACUUUUAUGAAGCAUUUGAAGGAUAUGACAGUGUAGAAAGUCCAAAAGCUUUAACAGCUUUAAAAUAUAUGCUACUUUCAAAAAUUAUGUUACGUACACCUGAAGAUGUUCAAUCAAUUAUGUCAGGAAAAUUAGCUGUUAAGUAUGCAGGAAAGGAUUUAGAUGCAAUGCGGGCAGUUGCCGAAGCUAGCCACCGACGAUCAUUGGCAGAUUUUCAAACUGCUGUGAAAAAAUAUCGUGAAGAACUAGAAGAUGAUGUAAUUGUACGUGCUCAUCUUGGUUCCCUUUAUGAUGCAAUGCUUGAACAAAAUUUAUGCCGUUUGGUUGAACCCUAUUCACGUGUACAGGUCAGUCAUAUUGCAACUUGUAUAUCACUGCCACUUACACAAGUGGAGAAGAAACUCUCACAAAUGAUAUUGGAUAAAAAAUUAAGGGGUGUUCUUGAUCAAGGCGAAGGUGUUUUAAUUGUUUUUGAAGACACUCCUCGUGAUAAAACUUAUGAGAUUGCAUUAGAUACUAUACAUAGCAUGGGGAAAGUCGUUGAUACACUUUAUCAAAAAGCAAAGAAACUUACUUAGCCUUAUUUAAUAUAUGUUUCUAAACAACAACAGCAGUUGUAAUUAUUAUCAUCAACUAUCAUUUCGUGUCAUUGAAAAUCAAAUUAAUUUUUGUUUUCCAAUAUGUCCGUUUAUUGUGUAAUAUAAAUUUUGUCCCUAUUUUAGCAUUACACUUGGUAUUGAUUCUUAUUAAGUCAAAAAUGUAAAAUUUUGAACCAAUAGUUCAAAUGAAAAUAUCAUUUCUUACGCAUAUGCGUAAAAAUACAUUAACAAUAAUUACACCAUAGAUACAUGAAUCGUGAUGAAUAAUCAUGUAUAUCAGAUUUCUUUUAUUGAUUUAAAAGGAUGAUUUUUGAUGUACAAAAUAUGAAUACAAUGAAUGAAAUAAUCCAUUUUUUUAUCAAUUUACUUAAUUUUAUCCGAAAUAUCAAAAAAUAUAUUCAUUAUUCAUAAAAUUGUAUGUUGUUUGAUUUAAAAGAAUUACAUUUUUUAAAAUAUAUCUAUGAAAUUACA